CCCAUUUGGAGUGCAACCUAACGAGAUUCACCGGGUGAAAGUAUAUUCGCCGGUAGUUUUGGUGGAUGUUAGUUAGCCUCUCCUUCUUGGAGAAUAAACCCUCUCCACCGAAUAGUAUAUAUACCCACCUCCGACGAAGGGUAGGCAUCAGUCAGGUUUCGGUUGUUUGGUUUGUUAUCAUGAAGCCAUUUUUGAUAUCCACUUUAGUGUUAGCAGUCGCCGGCAUAGCCAUAUGCGGCGAGGCCACCAAAAAAGUAGAAAACAAAAACGAAAAACGCGGCAUCCUUUCCAGUGACAUCGGAAGUGGAUACGGCGGUGGCCAUGGAGGCGGUAUUGAUUUUGAUAUCGACUUGGGUAGUCAUGGAAUCAGUGGAGGUAGCUUAGGAGGACACGGAGGUGGAAUCAGCUAUGGAGGCAGUCUUGGAGGAGGCUACAGCGGCGGCCAUGGAGGCAGUCUUGGCGGUGGAUACGGAGGAGGUGGUUAUGGAGGCGGUGGUUACGGAGGUAGUAUUGGAGGUGGUUACGGAGGUGGUUACGGAGGAGGUAUUGGAGGUGGUUACGGAGGUGGUCUAGGAGGCGGUCUAGGAGGCGGUUUCGGAGGUGGUCUUGGAGGUGGUGGUGGAGGCGGCGGCGGCGGCGGUGCCACUGUCAGCGUAAUUAGCCAAGCUGUAGCUGUUCCAGUUCCACAACCCUACCCAGUCACUGUAACUAGACCCGUAGCAGUACCUGUAGCUCAACCCGUUGCCGUACCUGUACCCAGACCUGUCCAAGUAUCAGUUCCAGUACCUCAGCCCGUCGAAGUACCAAGGCCAUACCCAGUAAUUAUCACUCGUCCAGUACCAGUAGCAGUACCUACUCCAGUACGCGUUGCAGUACCGCAACCCGUUGGUGUACCAGUACCUCAACCAUACCCUGUAACUGUACCUCAACCCGUUCCAGUUAGAGUACCACAAACUAUCGUAGUACCCGUUGCUCAACCGAUCCUUGUUGGAGGUGGUGGUGGAGGUGGAAUUGGAGGUGGAUUAGGAGGUGGAAUCGGUGGCGGACUCGGAGGUGGAUACGGAGGCGGUAUCGGAGGUGGAUACGGAGGCGGAUACGGAGGCAGCAUUGGAGGUGGAUACGGAGGCAGUAUUGGAGGCGGCUACGGAGGUAGCGGUGGCUAUGGAGGACAUGGAGGCUCCAUUGGAAGCUCUUACUCCAGUUCAAUUUCUCACGGUAGUUCUCUUGGAAGUGGACACGGCAUUUCCUUAGGAGGAGGUUAUGGAGGUGGUCACGGAGGAAGUUACGGAGGAAGUUACGGAGGUGGUCAUGGUGGAAGCCUGGGAGGUUACUCAAGCGGUCUAGGUGGUUACUCAGGUGGGCACGGAGGAAGUUUGGGAGGCUAUGGCGGAUCCAUCAGCAUUGGAAAAUCGAUCUCAGUAGGCGGAGGUCAUGGGGGUGCCUCCAGUUAUUCCAGCAUCUCGCAUGGUUACUCAAAACACUAAAUUUUUUAAGACUAAUUUUUGCUCAUACAAAAAAAGAUAAUUAGGCGAUUUGAAAAGUUAUUGAUCAAUGUGAUAGCAGUAUUUUUUUAUUGUUUAAG